AUGUCCCAAACUGAAACCCCUGCGGACCCGAGCCGUAACCCAAAUCCGACCCACCCGCCUUCGAACCGCGACCCUCAACCGGCGCCGGAGGUCGAUCCGAAUCAUACCUCUGCUGCGCCGUCCGAGGCCGCUGUUGCUGCGGACGAUCAGCGUCCUUCGGACCCCGCCGUCGCAUCUACUGCUGCCGCCACUCUCAAGCGGCCGCGCGACGCGACUCAAGGAGAGGCGGAAGGAACCAGCACAGCUGACGCUCCGGCGGCGAAGAGGCGCGUGAGGGCUUCCGGAGAUCUGAUAUACCGCAUUGUGGUGCCCUGUAGGCAGAUUGGGAAGGUUAUUGGAAGGUCGGGGCAUCGCAUCCAGAAGAUUCGGGAGGAUUCUAAGGCUGCAAUUAAGAUUGCUGAUGCUAUCUCUGUUAGUGAAAUUGUUAUUUCCUUAAUUGAUAGUUCGUUUUGGGAAUAUUCCGGUGGUUUGAUUGGAGUUUCAGGUCAAAAUAUAGUGAACUUAAGGAAUACAUCCGGAGCAGCUAUCACUGUCCUGUCUCCUAAUCAGUUGCCUCCAUGUGCAUCUGCACACGAAUCUGAUCGAGUUGUUCAGAUAUCAGGAGAACUUCCUGCAGUUUUGAGGGCUGUUGUGGAAAUUGGGCGUCAACUUAGGGAUAAUCCACCUAAACAGGUAAUAUCUGUCAACCCAACAAAUAACACUGGCUUUCGUCGCCAAUCGCAACAUUAUGUAGAUCCUAAUUCAGGUAGUUAUGUAAAUCUGGAUGUCAUGGUUCCUGAAAAUCUUGUCGGCGGUUUGAUUGGAAGGUUUGGCGCCAACAUAUCAAGGAUCAGAAACGAGUCUGGAGCAAAUAUUAAGGUUUAUGGUGCGAGAGGUGAACAAACACAAAGGCAGAUCCAUUUAGGUGGUAAUGCUCAACAGGUUGCUCUUGCCAAACAACGAGUUGACGAGUAUGUGUAUGCCGAGUUGAUGAGACAAACUGGAGGACAACUGCCACCAAGUGCUGUUCAGUUUCAGCAAAUUCCUAGUCAACAGCCAGUGCCCGAUUCGUCGAAUGCUCUAUACCAAAGUUAUGCACAUCCUCAUGCCCUAUACACAACAAGUAAUCAAGAAUCUGGGUUGAUGACGGCAAUUCCUCCAAUAUAUGGAACCACAGCAAUGAACCAGGUGCCACCGUAUUAUGACCCUAAGUCAUAUCCUGCUCCGCAAUUGUAA